AUGGCUACAUACCUCAGGAGGAGCAGCGACGCUUCCACUAGCCGCAAGAAACAACCAAACGACGACAUCGAAAUGGUUCCUACACGGAGUGCCGAAACAGGGUCCAGCGGCGCUUUCAAGCUCGACGAGGCGAAUUCCGUGGAAAAGACGGGCUACAUGUUCUCCACGAAGAAGAAGUGGCAGAUCCUGACUGUUGUGGCUUUAUGCCAGACCAGUAUGAAUUACAACGCCGCCGUCUAUUCAAACGCCAUCGGACGUCUCAAUGAGCAUUACAAUCUUGGAACCAAUCACUUCACCAACGCCAGAGCGGGAAUGGCUUGGUUCCUGAUCCUGUAUGGCUUCGGGUGCGAGCUCUGGGCUCCUUGGUCCGAAGAGUUUGGCCGGUGGCCCAUCAUGCAAGUGUCGCUGUUCACUGUCAACAUGUGGCAGAUACUUGCCGGUGCCAGCACCUCCUGGCAUCAAGUCCUGAUUGCACGUCUCUUCGGCGGCCUUUGCUCUGCAGGCGGCUCUGUGACACUUGGAAUGGUUGCAGAUAUGUUUGAACCUGAAGACCAGCAGAUGCCCAUUCUCUGGGUCAGUCUGUGGAGUUGCUUGGGCUCUGUCAUUGGUGGUAUUUGUGGUGGUCCUAUUGAGCAGUUCCUGAGCUGGCGCUGGAACUUCUGGAUCCAGCUCAUACUCGGUGUCACUGUCCAGGUCAUCCACGCAUUCUACGUUCCGGAGACCAGAGCGACGGUUAUGCUUAACAAGGAAGCGAAGAGGCGACGCAAAAUCAAUCCCGAUGACAAUGCUGUUGGACCCACUGAAGACGCAAAACUUGACUGGAAGAAGGUAGGAAGCAUCAUGGGCCGUCCAUACAAGAUGCUUGUUUGCGAGCCGAUCGUUGGGUUUUUGUCGUUGCUGAGCGGGUUCAGCGAUGCACUCAUCUUCAGCUUCCUCGAGUCGUACGGUUAUGUGUUUGGUAAGACCGGGUGGGGAUUUACGCCCAGCCAGCUUGGACUGGCGCUAUUUGCUCUCUUUAUUGGCUAUUGGCUAGCUGGAGUGAUAUAUUUCCCUAUUAUCAGACGCCACAACCAGCUACGUGCAAGAGGCACGGUACUAAGCCCUGAGAGUCGACUCUCAGCUCUCCGCUGGGUGGUGUUGCUACUGCCAAUCGGCUUGUUUGGAUCAGCUUUCGUCGUUACGGGACCGCCUCUUCCAUGGAUUGCGCCGCUCAUCUUCGCAGUACUUAUCGGUUGUGCCAACCUUGCAAUCUACUUUGCCACAAUCGACUACAUGGUGGCAGCCUACGGAGGAGAGUAUUCUGCUUCGGCCACCGGUGGUAAUGGUUUUGCCAGAGACGUUCUCGCUGGUAUCUGCUCGUUCUAUACCGGGCCAAUGUACAAGAAGCUUGGUGUCAAAAACUCUACAUGGGUGCUUUUUGGGAUUUCUGCGGGCGUCUGUAUACCAGUGUUUUGGAUCUACAAAUGGGGACCUCAAAUCAGAGCUCGCAGCAAGUAUGCGGAACAGAUCCAGGAGGAGCGGGAGAAGAACGCGGCAGCUAAGGAGGCAAUGCAGGCUAGGCGAGAGGCUCUACUGCAGAUGAACAGUCCCAUAAUAAAUCGAAUCAACAGCAUGUAG